AAAAGAAAAAUUGACGUCCCUUCAUUAUCGUGGAACAUCUUAUUGUGGUUUAUCAUCCUGCAUCCAUGCGUAGACUCCGUGAGACAGAGGCCUCGAGACGUUUAUGGAACCAGAGAAUGUAAUAACUUGAAAGCUCCCUCUUUCGACGGUACACCAGUGGAAGUCUUAGUCUCGCUUGACAUAUUGGAUAUUGAUGAAAUCAAUGAGGGAAAAAUGGAGUUUCGUCUUCACCUGUACCUACUGGACAUGUGGAAGGACCCAACUCUUCGAGCCCUUCCAGGUCACACCGAUAUUUUGAGCUCAGAAAAUACACGCUGCAUCUGGACUCCAGACCUUAUCUUUCCCAACAGUAAAAGCGGUUCAAUUUUUCCUGUGUCAAUGCCAAACAGUGUAGUUAAACUGUUGCAGGAUGGUUACUUUCACCGUUCCACAAGAUAUCAGCUUCAAGUGGGCUGUCAUAUGGACCUUCGUCUUUUCCCAAUGGACACACAAGUUUGCGAAUUUCAGAUAGGAUUGAUGGCGAACGACGACAGUAGAGCGUUACUCCGUUGGAACGAAGCACACAGUUUCCAUAACAAGAGUUUUAAACAAACGAAAGGACCCCAGAAGAUAAAGAUCAGCCCUCUUCAAUUCCGAGUACUAACCACAGGAACUCACAGCCAAACAGAAGAGUGGCCUUCAG